CUUAUUGAUGUUUUAGGUGUAUGCAAUGGAACUAAUGCGACGUGCGCGGGGUGUGAUGGCGUACCACACAGUGGUAAGGAAUUUGAUGCAUGCCGUGAGUGCGAUGGCGAUGGCUCAACUUGCACCGACAUCAUGAAAACUGAACCGAAGACCAUCUCAAGCUGCCAUCCUAAUGUUUUGGUAUUUGGUGCUGGUCUUAAUACUGGUGAUCACACAUUAUGCGUGUUAUACAACGACACUAGCGGGGAAAUGGUAGUCAACACCACAGGUAAUACAAACCCUUGACAUAAGCUUAUCAGUGCAGACAAUGCGAAAAGCGACUUGCUUUGUUACGUAGGUUGAUAAGAUGAACACAGAGUGGACUAUGAAUUUAAAAAAAAAGAUAAAUGAAGUGCUGAGCCUGUUUCACUAGCUGUAAUUCAUUGUGUUCACCAUUGUCAAAGUUGCAUAGCAAUAGAGAUUAAGAGUCACGUUUACGGCAAAACGACAAACUCAAGCUGACAAUUUCUUAAAAUAGAAAAUGAGGAGAUAAAAACGGUCUAAAAAAUUCUUAUGAACGAAAAUUGCGUGAAACUAAUUUUUUUAUAUAAAGUGUUGUGAAGUAUUUUGAAAGUUAUUUUUAAUACGGAUUUAUCUUAUAUUUUAAGUUUAGUUUUUGUUUCAUUAAGUCUUGUUUUUGUCCAAGUACUGUUUUCCUGUUUCGAUCUUUUGUUUUUACUUGUACUUGAAUUUAUGCUUAGCUCACGAAUUUACUUAUUGCCAUAUUAGGAAUUUUAUUCGCUUAGAACUGCCAGAUGUUAGUUUUCAGGUGGUCGUGUUUGUGGUGUUAGAGCUGACCUUCGUUCUUUGGUACUUAUCAGUUGCGGCUGUGUGUAGGCUAGUCUAUUCCCUAACAAUAGCAAACCUGUUGCAAUGUUAGCGAUAACAUAUACAAUAGAAACUCUUCCGGUCAGCUAACCCAAACAUGUCCAGCUUUGGCUUUUAAAACCGCUACUAUACUUGAACUAGUGGGAGAAGUAGAGUAGAAGUAGGAGAAGUAGAGUAAGUAGAAGUUGCAAGAAGAUUAAGAAGAAUAAGGGCCAAGAUGUAAAUCAGAUUCCUGGUACCUCACUGUGUAGCAAGCGAGUUGCUCGAAUACACCCCCACAUAUUUUCGUGGAGAACCCGGGCAACGAUCCCGGUACCUCUCGCAAAAAGGUUUAAGACAAGUAAGGGGAAAACUUGGUCACGUGGCACAAUUAACUAUUGCCAUUUACCGUACAGGUGACUCCCUAUUUAGUGUGUAUUGCCUUCGAAACCUGAAAACCCGCUCAACCAUAUGCAGCAAAAGGUUAAAAGGUCCUUAAAAUAUUACCACCCUGACCACAUUCCGAUCCUAGCGGGAGAAAUGAGAAAUGGAUGCAGAAAAUGUUUCAGCACAUGUUCACUUCUGUGAAAAACCACAUUAGCGUCUGUCGAUCAGACAGCAUUGAGAAAUCUUGCUGUUCUAGCUGUUGCAUUUCUUACAAGAAAUAUCGCCAAGAUAGCUACAAGACCUUCAGAGCGAGCAUACACUCUCCCCUUCCUAGAACAACAUAACACAAACUAGGAAGAAUAAAUCCAAAUAAAUUCUUGAUCCGUCUGCAGAUCCUUUUAGAUAGUAGAACUUCAGAACGGGUAUACACUUCCUCCUUCCUAGAACAACACAACGGAAACUAGUUCAAAAAAGGAAGAACCGAUCCAAAUAAACACUUAGCCUGUCAGCCAAUCAUAGAUCUGUUUACUAAGUAAAAUCACCAAUCAAAUGAAUUCUUGCAGUCUACGUUAAGUGCAUCUAAAUAAGCUUUAUUUUAACCCUUUGACUCUCAAGAUAGUAACUCUCCUUUCUGACUUGCUAUACAAUUUAUUGUACAUUGGUUAAGAGAAUUUGGGUUUAUAUCAAUAGCGCUUCCUCGAGCUGAUACAAUUGCCUAUUCUCAUCAUCUUUCUGCUGGACAAUGUAUUGAUAUUAUUAGGUAAGGUUAAUUAGAUGCUGAUCAAAUUACUUCUGGGAGUUAAAGGGGAAGGUGCGGUUUCAACAUAUGACAUUAAAGAAGUUUCAUUUCUGUUUCAGCAACUUCAACAAAUCUCACGCAUGCGCAAUGUGAAUUUCAACCAUGGGCUGAUUAUAUUCCUGGCAGGUAUAACCUAUCUGUUAUAAUAACACAGAGUGGUCAAGCAGACGUUAAAACCAACACAUCUCUUCAGAUUUAUUACUACAAUUGUACAGAUCUCUCGCUGACGGGUGUCGUACCAAACGAAGUUCUUCUGGAUGAGCUUCCUCGAUACGUCACCCUAGAAGGCAGCGGUUUCUUCGACUGGGAAGAGACAGUGUGUUAUUUUGGUCCCCACGUGACCACUGAUGUGGUCUUUGUAGACACGUCGCACCUUCAGUGUAAGGUAGGUGGACUUGCAGCUAUCGGGCAGUUUGUUUGUUAGUUAUUCAAUUUUAUUGUUGGCGGCAAGAGGAACCAGCAAUCAUUCUCGUCACCAUGCAGAGCCUUCAGAACUUAUCUCCAAGUUGCUAUGCAUGCACGGCACAUAUGUAGACCGCUUUGUUUGGGCUUCCACUAAGAAUGAAUGGAAUAGACAGAAUGAACAAACGCAAUCUGAUGAAACGGAUUUGAACUUUCUAUCAUUCGUAAUCUGAUCAUUCGUGUUUUGACUAUCCACCACCUGAAAGUUACGCAAAGUUCAGCGUUAGAGCAAAGCGUUUUGAAAUUCGAUAAUUGACGCCCGCACACCGUAAUAUUUGGUUAUUAUUCGUUCGACUUUGUUUUUUGAUCCGAUCGAAGUUACGAGAAAAAACUACCCAUUUAUAGGCCCUGAGGUUUUAGAACUCUCUAUGAUCUUCUAUAAAUGGUAAUAUAAAUUAAUUUGACAUGUCGGGCGAAAGGCAAUGAAAGCGUAAAGCGAUCGAGAGCAUUCCUGAAUAUUGACGCGAAAUGAGUGGGCGCUUACCUGGGAAAAGGGAAUCGCUGGACUCUUUGACAACCCGUGAAAUCAGUUUAACUCGAAGUUGUCGUAAUCUCAGUGCUUUAAUAAAAUGAGAAAUUUCGCCGGUCUAUUGAAACCGGUCGUUUGUACAAUAAAGCAAGUAGGACGCCAAGUGUUAUUUUUGUUGUAUAAAAAAAAAAUAAAAGAAUAAAUAUCAAACCACAAAUUGCUCUCUUCAAACUGUAAAUUAUAAAAGAUCCUGAGAGAAUAUUCAGUGUGUUAAGGAUUUCCCUGCUGUACUCUUAGCUCUAUACAACAGAGGAAGGGCGAUUCUUUUUUAACUUCCGUUUCGCUGACCCAGCUUUAGCAGAAAUCUCUCUGUAGUCGUUUUCGUCGACAAAACGAAUAGCAAUAUCGCCCUCCGCGUCUUCCGCCAUUUUGUUCUGCGUCAAUUCGUGAAGGACGCGUGGCUCUAAGCGUGGAUCAUCCACGCGGAACACAUUCGCGCUAUGUGAUUGGCUGUUGUCUAAUCCCCCUUGGGAUCUGUGGUCUUAAAAAUAACUAGAGACGAAUUACCUAUGGAAUAGGGUGUGUAUGGGAAAUGCCUUCUCUGUUCCCUUUAUCCUCUCUUGGUUAAAUUUCAUAUAAAUUUUCGGAAAAAUAAUGCUCACGACAAGCCGUUGUAAUUUCGAAAAGACUCAAGUUCCCUUAGGAUGACCGAACAGAUACAAAUUUUAUAGCGCCGCUUAGAAUACAUUUCUAUAGAUCUUUAAAAGUACUCUGGAUAGCCUAAAAAGUGUUUUCAAUGUAUUUAGGAGGAAACCAUCGGUGGGUGGCCCUUAUGUAGUGGGUUAACAAAAACACAGUAAUGGAAAUGGGACUGUAGACUGUUCCAUGAAGGUCAAAGAUACAGCCUUCUUACCAUUAUUAUAAUGAUGAUCAUGAUGAUGAUGAUGAAGCCGGUGUUGAAUUGGGGAUGUUAAAAGGAAUCAAGAAAAAAACAAUGAAAGANAUAAAUUUUCGGAAAAAUAAUGCUCACGACAAGCCGUUGUAAUUUCGAAAAGACUCAAGUUCCCUUAGGAUGACCGAACAGAUACAAAUUUUAUAGCGCCGCUUAGAAUACAUUUCUAUAGAUCUUUAAAAGUACUCUGGAUAGCCUAAAAAGUGUUUUCAAUGUAUUUAGGAGGAAACCAUCGGUGGGUGCCCCUUAUGUAGUGGGUUAACGAAAACACUGUAAUGGAAAUGGGACUGUAGACUGUUCCAUGAAGGUCAAAGAUACAGACAGCCUUUUUACCAUUAUUAUAAUGAUGAUCAUGAUGAUGAUGAUGAUGAAUCCGGUGUUGAAUUGGGGAUGUUAAAAGGAAUCAAGAAAAAAACAAUGAAAGACAAAACGGAGGUGUCAAUAUCAGUCGCUAGAUGCUUAACAUCGUUAAUAGCGCGACAGAUGAAAACUACUCAAAGAUGUCUAAAAAAUUCUGAUCUAUGGAUUGAAUUCUUAAAAUAAAACAUUUAUCCCUUAGAUCUCCUCUGUUGAUGAUUCCACCCAGUUGGAACUCUCACUGUCGAUGGAUGGUGGGCUGAAACAGGUUGGCCAUGUCAAUUUCACUGUGUACGACAGCGCGCCUAACGUGACUGCAACAAGGUUUAGCGAUACGGCCGACGAGAUUGAGGUUUACUUUGACAAAGAAGUCGAGUUUGCCGUUCAAGAAACCUGCGAUAAUUUUCUCGAAAGUGCGACUGUUUCUAAGUUAGGACAAGAUCCUAUUUGCUAUGUGCCUACAACGUUAGAAUUGGUGAUAAGUUUGGGAAUUGGUGCGAACAUCACGGUCGGCGACAGCUUGAAAUUUAAGAGCAACGUCUUCAAAGCUUUGGGUCAAAGCUUCGGACGAUUUCUCAAUGGUUCGUUUUUAAUUGCUCCGCCAUCGAUUCCAUUGGUACCCGUGGCUGAGGUGACAGGUAAGCAGUUAUAUCUGUGAGUUUUUUACAAAAAAAAAUCAAAAUACCACCAAUUAUUGGUGUCUGCAAAAUGGCGCCUUACAAAGGAGGAAGGGGUGGAUGCUACCUCCCCAAAGAUCCUAUUAAUUUGUGUAUUAUGAUAAUUUUUAUGAUUUUUUCUACCGUCGGAUGCUUCGACUUUCAUCAACCAUUCCAUGUUUGUGACAUUCUCUCUUUUGUUUGGCUUUGUAAAUGGAGAAUAAAAUUGACUAAACUGAAACUAAGCUUACAAUCACCUGUAACAUCGUAGAUUUUCCAAAUCACCCUGAAAGGGUCUUAAAGGUGUUUAUUAAAGGGCGCUUUCCAUUUGUCAGAACUGACCGGCCAGACUCUUCCCGUCGUAAUGAGGAUUUCACUAUUAAUCAAAACUAUCCAGCCAGAUCAGUCAAAUCCUAAACAGUGUGCAGGAAGGAGAUAGUUUUUCAGCAAAAACCUUCGGAAAAAGCCGAAUUCAUUGUUAAAAUGACUGGUCCGGCAAUGGUCCGGCCGGCCAGUUCUAACAAAUGGAAAGCGCCCUAAGAAUUGGUUUUUAAAUUUUCUAAGGGGAAAAAGUGCUUGAUGCUGGCUUAAAUGGGUGUGGUCCUGGCUUCCACGAUUGUAUCUAAAAUAUAAGAGUAGGAAGAUUAUUCUCCCCUUUUUAUCUCAGGUCUGUGUUAUGAGAUAAAACAGUAACAAAAGCAGCAAAGCGUUUAAUUUAAAAAGUUCAGGUGCAACGGAAAGAUACUUCACUGCAUCCACAUCUCACAGUCUUUGUUAACUUUGGGCAUAAUCUAAGAUGAGAAAAGUAAAAAUAUCAUUAACACUUUGCAAGUAUCUUGUAACUAAACUGUUCGUGAUUUUGAUUGUUAACUACCUUUUUGUUGAAGGUCCUGACACGAUUUCGUCUUGUGGAAAUCUUACUCUUUCUGGUUUCCAGUCUUUUGGUGGUGGUGGUCGCCAAAUGAAUUUCGAUUGGUCCUUGGUUUCACCAACUUCAGGAAAUGACGCAACCGAUAUCAAUAACAUUCUAAAUGCACUUAGUCCAAACGAUGAUCGCAUACACAUUCCAGGCACAAUAUUAACAGCUGACAAGACUUACGAAUUUAGCCUUGGUGUGGCUAACUUCCUGGAUCCGGCGAGCUUCCAAACUGUCAGGCAUUCAGUGGUAAAGGCUGCUGAACCCGUUCCAGAAUUAACGCUGAGCUCAUCUGUUGAUCUUGAUCAAACCCCAGCUGUAGUUUAUGUUUCUGAAGACCUUUACAUAAAAGCCCAGGCUGUUGUAAGUGUCUUUAGUUAUAUUAUCAUAAUUAUAAUUAUCAUCGUUCCUACCAUAUUAUUACCCCUUGUCAUAAAUUGCAAUUAGAGCAAUUGAAAGUAAACCCGAAAAAAAAACUUCGGGACUUCAACGGGAUUAGAACCCGUGGUCUCUGCGUUAGCGCUGCAGUGCUCUACCAUCGGAGCCAUACAUUGGGAGCAGGGCAAUUAGGUUAGUUCUUAAAUUGCAAUUGAUCAUAAAUUGCGAUGAUCAUAUCUUAAUUUAAAAUCAUUCUGUUUUUGUUUUUCUUCUUUGUCUGUUUUAAUGUUUUUCUGUUCAAAAUCUCCUAAUCUUGGCCUAUUUUUCUAUUUGUUUCCGCCGGUAGCUUUACUGUUAUUUCUCGUUCUCGUUUGGUGUUUUUAUCUUUAACUUAUUUCUCUUUUACCCCUGCUAAAAAGCCCCCAGUUUUCCUUGAGCCCAUCUAGAAUUCACAUUUUCUGUGCUUAUUGGCAGUAAUUGUUUCCAUCUUUAUUUCACAUAUUUAAAGGAGAGGGACCCCAGGCCCAGGGCGGGGGGGGGGGGGGGUACUCCGGAUUUAAAAUGACGGGGAUGAUCGAAGGAUUUUGGGGGGUUUGAAAUUUUCGAUUCCAGGAUUUUUUGGGGGGGAAGGAAUAUUUAGCAAGUAUUUUUUCGGGUGGCAUGAUUUAAGUAGGGUUUUUUUUGGAGUGUUCAAAACAAUCUGAAGAUUCGUGGUUGUGCCCGCGUAUCCAGCCGCGAACACGAACAUUCAAUUUCGAAUUAAUUAUAGAAAAAAAUUUGACACGAAAAAAUCGUCAUGGGAUUUUUUUAUUGGUUAAUUUUUUGGUCCAGGAAUUUUCUGGUUUUAGUUGAAAGCCCUAGAGAUUCCUUUGGGAUUUGAUUUUUGCACCCAUUUGAUCAUCCUGAUCACUUGAAAACCGAAGUAUUCCCCCGGUACCCCGGGGGUACUCAAUAAAGUUUCAUCGGCGUUAAAAAAAGGGAAUUAAUUCGGUGCACCCUAUACUACUGAGGCCCAAUCCCUUAACCUUUUAUUGUCAUUUUUGACGGAAAUAUAUGGUACACCUGUCACAUGUCUAGUUUAAAACUUUGCAUCCAUUUUAAAUGCUGUAAACAAGAAUAACUCGCAAAACUAGAAACAGAUAUAAAAUCAUUCUGUAGCCCUUUUAGGUCAAUUUACAGACCAAAAUAACUGACAUCCCAACCGUCAACUAGUAAAAUCCCUACCCUUUCAUACCUGAAGCCAGAAAAGGUAUCCCUUUCGGCCGGAGCCUCACCGUAUAGGCCAUUAUUUUUUCAUCUAUAAGAUUACAAAGAUUUUUUAAGGUGGCUCCCACUUCUCGUAAACGGAGAGCUCUACUCGAGGCAACGAAAACCGUUUUUAACUCCCCACUUGCAAAAAUCAUUUCUUUUUUAAUUCAACAAUUUCUGUAAUUCAGGUUGCUCCUUGUGCAAACGACACUAAAAUCAACUUCUUGUGGACUGUAACAUGCUCUGAUGCAACCGCACAACGAAAUGUGGAGGAGAGCUCCUCCUUUCAGUUCACUAAAGAAAAGGCCACUGUCAGCAUAACUAAAGGUGUAUUGACUGCUGACGUCACUUGCACUUUUAACUUGACUGGAAGUAUGAACUACAACCCGAGUAUCAAGAGUUCAAUCGCCGUGGACAUCAAAGCACUGCCCACUCCUCUUGAGUCAGCUAUAAGUGGAGGUAGGGUAAAACUUAAAAGAGAUUUUAUUGAAGAAAGCCUACCAAACUAGAAAAGGUGUUCAUCCCAAUCAAAAUGAAUGUUUAAAAGCAGAUAGGCUCGCCAAUAUACUUCACACUAAAGCGUCCAAUAAGAUUCGUUUACCCACUUGAUAUGAAGUGAAUAUUACUGAAUACUUCAAGAUAACCAAUACAACAGAUUGUCAAUAAUACCAAUAUCACUGACUCUAUACUGCCGUGAAAUUGUGUUGGUAGUAUAAAGAGCUUAAGAUGUCACGAAGGCGACAAAACAACAACUCUGCAGGUCCAUCACACUGUUUCUUCCCCGUACGAGUACGACUUGACUUUCCCAAAUUUCAUGUUUACGCUUACCUGAUACCUUAAUAUAAGUGCUACCUCUAGUGCAAGUGAGAUAACCGUUAAGCUGAAGGUAAUUUAAACCCAUCGGCUACCUAAAAGUGGUUUUACGUAUCUGCCGUUUAACCGGAAAACAUAACUUGCACGUGAGACAUCCUUGAAGGUAUCCGGUUAUCUUAAUGGACGACUACUUUAAUUCUUUUAUGUCCUCUAAACCUUGAAUACGGUCCUUGAAAAUGCGACCCUAACAGAAACCGAUGGCAUUUGAAAAAAAAAAGUAAAAAUAGUGAUCCUGAAGUGUUCAAAAAAAGCGCAGAUUCACUUUUUCCUGGUAUCUUAAUGCCCCUGAUGUUUCUAACAGUUAGUGAAACAUACUGCAAUGAGCAAUGUUUGUUACAACUAGAAUCCACCAGCCGGUCGGGGAAAAUAAGAAAAGUAGGGAUGGGAUCCCGGAGGAAGAGGGGUGUGGAGGCGGGAGAGGAAAAGACAGGAGUUGAGAGUUCUAAAAGGCUGGGAAGCUAAAGAAUAGUGGGAAAUUAUUCAACACUACUUAAUACUUCGUAAUCGAAGAAGGCUAUGGGGAGGAAGCCAAGACAAAAAAAAGCGAAAGCCGGGAAUGUAGGGACCAAUUUCUCAGUUGAGUGCGGUUUCCCAACACGAUUCAUCUUUAUACUGUCAUGGAUUAUCUUGUGUCGACGAUGCAAAUUCUCUAACUGGCUUAAAGUGGGAGCCUCGUGUAAACGACCACCUCUGGUAAACUGACGGUUUUAGUUUUUGCCCUAUUCUAAGCAAUCACCUGAUACAAAUCUUUGAUCUCUCUGUUGUAAGAACUACAAAGCUCUGAUUUUCUUGUAUUGUAACCUAAAAAUAUCCAUGCAAUACAUUGUCUCCAAAAAGUAGGUACGUCUAAAAGACCUCCUGUAGUUUGACUCUUGCAUAAAUAGACCAUCUGCAGUAGGCGACUGAAGUAUAAACUCGGAUUAUAUUUUGGAUGGUAGCUUACGGGAGGUUUGACUGUAUUUCAAGCUAAGAAAACUUCUUUUCAUGACAUUUUAAGGUGAUCGACAGAUUGGCCGUAGCAGCGGGGCAAUCCAAUUUGAUGUUCUCACUAUUGACGUAGAUGGAUCAAGUCUGAGUUUAACGUGCAACUGGCAGUGUGCAAUUCAAGAUGGCGGAUUUUGCUACUCAGAAAUAAACAGAGGAAACCUGAUAUUUUCAGACCUUUCUGGAUGUAGAAUUGACGUGCAGAGCAAUCAUUUUAGAGCGGGAGAAACCUAUACCAUCAGGUUGGUCCCACCCAGAAAAAAAAAACAAACUAUUAAUUACAUUAGAUGAUUCUUCAACUCGUUAGUAAUUCACAAAGAGAAACUUCAGUUCGAUAUCAGAUAAAAUUAUCAUUAAAAAACUUUUAAUUUGAGAUACUAUAUCGAAGUCGGUUUAAAUAAAUGAAACGUUUGGCUACACCUAGUUUUUUAAACCAGUUACUGGUGUCUGGAUAUCAGAUGUUAGUAAAAUUUAACUAGUGGUCUAUUAUCAAUACUGCGUUUUGAUUGGUUGAGCCACCACUAGGCUGUAUGUUAUGGCCCACUAGUAGCGAGAAGCGCCGGCUUUGAAAACCAAAACAGUGGUGGCUGAAUCCCGUUUUGCUAGCUAAAGUUGUUUUGUCUCGAUAGUUUUGACCAGCUAGCUGGAUUUUACUAAAACAAUUAUUCCUCUCUCCCUCAUGGCCUCUGAAGCAAUAGCCCAUGAGGCCGAAGGCCGAAUGGGCUAUUGACUCAGAGCCCAUUCGGGCUCGAGGAAUGAUUGUUAAAAAUAUAGCGUCUUGUUUUGACAUAUGAGAGGACUAUGAACUUACUGAACAUUUUUAGUAGGUUGUUUGUAGUAAAGGGAACAUUUUACAUUGAUUUUACUGUUACGUAGUAACAAACAACAAAUGAAACAGUAUGAAAGUAUAAACAAAGUUACGCCCUAUAUAUACAAAUGCCUGAACAAACUUAAGAAUAAUGCUUAGCGCCAUUUUCGAACGAAAACCAAGUCAAACAAAUAUGUUAGGCUACAAUUUCAAAAACAUAAAAAGCAAAAAAUUUCUGCGCUGUCUGGCAUUCGUCCAACACAGACAUACAGCUGUGCGGUUGUGUCGCAGACUGUCCCACAUCUUUAAGGUUUAUAUGAGACCAAGUUCGGGCUCGUUCAAAGGUUAAAUAGCGCUAUCCACACUAUCCAGGGGAUAAUUAAUGAGUAAACCAACUACAUUUUAUCCAUUGAAAGAGACGUAUCCAGAGGAUAGCGUUAUCCACCUGUCAAACAACUUGGGCCUCAAUUUCCUUCCUCUUUAGUGUGGAUGUAUCCAAGGGCUCUCGUACUGCCUCAGCAUCCAUAUCGCUGACCGUGGUGGAAGGAAAUCCUCCGCUUGUCUGGAUGGGAUCAGGAGCUCCAUCUAUCAAAGUUUCAGAAACCCAGAAAGUUGUUCUCAACGGAUUUUACAACACUAGCAUUCAGCCAGCCAAAGUGGAAUGGAGCUGCAUACGACAGCAAGGUUGGUAGGCAUUUUCAACUUAAUUGCUUUCGAUUUAGUUGAAAAGUAACAAUCUUCAUGUCAAUUGCUUCUACUUCUGCAGUGAAAUAAAAGAAAUUCUUCAUCAUAGGCAAACAAGUUAUUGCCAGUUUGUAACUAAAAAGUAAAUUAAAAGUAAAUACAAUUAAUUUUUUUAGCAUAUAAAGAUGUAAAUACAGUCGAAGCUCUCCUUGCGACAACUCUCGUAAGCGACCAGCUCUAGUUGCGACCACCUCUGUGACACCCCAUUUAAACUGUGACUUAACUGCUUUUUAAUGAAAAGCUCUCGUAAGCGACCACUUCCGCAAGCGACCGCGACCGCGACCACUUUUGGGAUUACCCAACUGGACUUUUCCUCUUUUUAAGCUCUCGUAAGCGACCACUCGAGUUUAGCUUUGUCUAUAUCAGAUAUGAAUUCAAAGAGGACAGACGGAAAAUUGUUGUUGCUCGAAAUAUCUAAACAUGAAUUAAACUUUAAUUUAAUUUAGUAUCAUUUAAUUUCUUUAGUUUUUUUUCUCUAUAAAUUAUGAAUAAUUUUUUGAAGCUGUCGUGAGCGACCACCCUCUAUUGUUUUACCAUGCGGUCGCUUAUGAGAGCUCAUUCACGUAAGCAACCAGCUCUAGUUAGGACCACAUUUUCGAAUUCCCGAGGUGGUCGCUUACGAUAGCUCAGGGUUGUUUUCACCCUACUUCCCCUUUCCCCUCCCCCUCUUCUCUUAUUUCUUCUUCCUUAUCGCUCCAGUGCCGUGUCAAAAAUUUGAAACACUCAUUUAUAAUCUCUCUAGUUGAACAAAUACCCAACUGAAUAACCUUGCUUUAUUUGCCUUUCCCCUAGGCUUUGCUUAUGUAAAUUUGAGUGGCUUUACGUUUUCCAACGAGUACUUUGCUGGCAAAGAAUCAUACGCGUUGCUGAUAAUACCCGGGGGUGUUCUUAAAAAGGGGUCAAAGUAUAAAUUUCAGUUGACAGUAAAUGAUGGCAGUCAAGAUGGUAAAGCAUCUAUGGUGGUGGAAGUCAGAAAAGGCCCCGCGUCUGGAUCGUUGACUGUUAAUAAAAAUAAUGUGGAAGCCCUGUUUCAGGAAAUUACAAUAUCAGGUAAUAACAAAUUUUAAAAAAAUCAGAAAAAAAUAUAAUUCUGGUCAUUAUAUAAGGACAAGCAGUAGUGUGGUCCUCUUUUAGGUUCUUCUAGAUGUCCUUAUUAUUUGUGUUAGUGUAUAAGUGAUCACAUCAAAAGCUGAAAAAUGUCCAGGAUUUAAAUAGGGAAGAGGGGCAUGAACCUAGUCGAAAAAAUCCCUCUAAACUAAAUAAAAUGCAAUAAUAAUCUUAACCUAUCUGGUUAUUUGACACUAUACAUACAUACAUACAUUCUUUAUUUAAGGGUUAUCAUAAAAAUAAAAUACACAAAUACCCUGAAAAGGAAGUAAAAGAGGUGACCCUAUAUGAAUGAACUUCGUAAAAAAUAAAAAUUAAAAGAUCAAAACAUAGUCUCAGAGGAACAAAAAUUCACAUAGAAAAAGAAUGAAAUUAUGAAACACACAUAUCUGAUUUAACAGCAGCUUUAAGACGUCUUAAAUUUCUAACCUCCACAACGUAGCGGGGCAAAUUGUUCCAUUCGCGCACGAUUAAAACCAUUCCAUACCCUAGAUAACGAAUGAUUUUUGCUGGAAUAGAUAUACACCUUACAAAUGUUAGCAUCAUUUUAACAACCUAUGAGGUCAAUUUCAAUUUUCCUUACUUUUGAUUCAGCUCCCCGAUGGACAGUUGAAGCAGACGCUAAACCCCUCCGGUACUCUUUCGGAGAGAUAGUAGAUAACGUUUGUGAGGUUUGGGAACCUCCGUCGGAUACACCCGAAUGGACGGGAGUUCUGCCAGCUGGUAAUGAUGCUAAUAAUAUCCUUACCCUGUGCUUGAUCGUCGAGGAUAAGUUUGAGUCAUUUACCGUGAAAACGAUCAACAUCACGUCGAAUCCACCGAAUGCGGCUGCUCUGUCUUUGGACGCUCUUGAUGGCUUAUUCCAAAAUGAUGUCCAGGGCCAGCUGCAAAGCGGCAAUGCAGAUAAGGCAUUGAGUUUAGUAAUAAUCAUUUCAGCCACUGUGCAAGACUCUAAUGAGACUACAGGUGGGUCACGAUAAAAUGUUUUUGACCCCAGAAUAUCUAUUGAAAUAUUUGCCUUUGGAAUAAGAGCCAUCUUUUAAAGAAUACGAAAUGACCUUACGAACAAAAAGAGUCAUUGUGACGCUAAAAAAAGGACGGAGAGCUACACAAUCCAAAUGGGAAGACUGGCUGUGUACGCAUUAAUCUGACACAGCUGUCAGAGAUCUAGAAACUAUGUCUUGUUAGCUCCUAGGGCCACGCAAAUGUUUCUUCGAUACUGCUUUACCUAGAGCUUAUGAAAGGCCCAGACAAUGUUGGCUUCCCUUGACAUUCAACUUUCAAUAAGUUCUUUUUACCCCAAGGCAUUCAGCUCGCGUACCUUUAAUUUACAAAAAUUAUCACCAAGCGGUUAUAUUCGCAGGGACCUAUUCUAGGGAGGAAAAUUUCUUUGUAAAAUACAUUCAGUUUAUAAUUGGAGGAAGAGAUUAUACCAGUCGGGCAUUGUCUAGACAUUCCUGAGAACACUGUUCCCUUUGAAAGUGCCAAUUUAUCGGUUAGAUAUAGCGCUAUACAACAGCAUUUCAUACUGCAGCUCGACGUUAUCAAAAGCUAACGACUAAACAAUGACGUCCUAAUUUUUCCUUUAAUUAUCCGGCGUUUUUUCGGGAGAGUUUGAAGGUGGGAGAACCAAAUACAAUUUCCGGGCGGCUUAUGUUCUUAGGGGCUUAUCGUAGGACUUUUUAGUUUUUCGAAUUUGAGUGGUUUAUUGAUGGAGGGUGUUAUCUUUAAGGAGUGUACAGUGUAUAAAGCUCUCAUCUUUACAAUACGCUUGAAAUUAAUCGUUUCAGAUGAGCUAAAGCGCAACGUCUCUCAAAAGACUCAAAACUUCGUUUAUGAAUUUGUGAGCACUUCUAUCGUUGUUAAAGGCAACGCUGGUCCACUUUUACGGGCGUUAGUUAAUACCGAUGCUGCGGCAGCUCAAAACAGGUAAGAGAAAGAGUGUAUGAGAUACUUAGCAAGAUGAUAAUCCACUUAAAUUACGUGUUAUUGAAUUUUCUUUCCAGUAUCAUAAAAUUCGAGACAAAUUUAUUUAUUGGUUAGCUUUCUGCAAAGUGUACUUAGUUUUCUGCGCAUACACAGAUAUAGCAUGGUCGAAUAUAGUGAAAUGGUUAUGAAUUCCGCCAAAUCCUUUGUUGUAUGUUUUUGUGGACUUGAUGGUGCACAAAGUUCAAUAGCAUUCCUAUCAUAUUUCAUCGUAUUGACCGAUAAAAACGUAGCAUUAAUUUAUUCCGUGACAAUUUGUGAACAACAGAAAAAAAAUUGUGAACCGUCAGAGAGCUUUAAACAUGAACAGCAGCGGCCUUGUUGUUUACCGCCUUUCAUGAUAGACCAGUGCCCUCUACCAACUAUGGCUGCAUUGAUCUAAAAUUUAUGAUUGGAUUGUUUUAGCACCAACAUGGCUGGUACUUUAGUGAAGAUUCUAGAUGGGCUCGGGGACCAGUCUCUUAAUGACAAUCAGGCGAACAAUACUAUGGGCUGGAUUGGUUAUCUUGUUGGAGAUUCACUUGACGACAAUGAUGAGGAGUUUCAGACCGUGAGUGUUUGUUAUGUAAUCCUCUUUUAAACCCCGAGGGGCUUAUUUAUUUCAAACACGUUUAAAGGGAGGGGGCUUGAUAGAGACGAGGGGCCUAUUUGAGAGGGGGGUUUAUUUUAAUUUAGCGAAGAUGGUGGUAUCAGUUCUCUAUAAAGAACUAGAAUGCAAUGUGGAAAAGCUCAAAUACAAGAAGUUGGAGGUCAUGCAGCCGAGGAUCAAAAACAAAUCCGAACUUCCAACACGAGAACAAACCAUCUCGGAUCAGUUAAAAUGACGUUUUGCAGUCAUGACUGAGUAAUACAGUCAAUCAUUUAUUAGUGAAGAAUAAUAAGGGGGAGGGGUUUAAAAGAGAGAGGUGGGCUUAUUUACUUUCUUCCCCUGAAAAGGGGGCUUACUAGAUAGGGGAAGGGCCUUAUUUGAGAGAGGGAGCUUAAUGUAGGUUUUACGGUACUUUAUGGAGAAGUAAUAAAGAACACCAUGACUGAGCACUUUACCUAAUACGGUAUAUGUAAGUAGCCUCUCAACUUUUCUUAACUUAAAUGUCUCUUUCAACGCCCAUGACUGUCAAAACACCAGAUAACACACGGCCAAUAAAAUUUUUCCUGAUCGGAACUCUAGCAAACACAUACCCCAUGAUGUUGUAACCUGGUGGCAACCUAUGCUCACAGUCAUGAUGACCAGUAUGCCAAAUUGGUUUCAGCUGUGAAUUGUUCCACAAUUUCCCAAGAGUUGAAAUUAAACUAGUUAGCGAUCUAUCAUAAACAUGCAGCAUGGAAAUACAUGUAUAUUGAUGAAAAACCUUAAAGAUAGUUUAGUACAUCUGGUGUACUAAAAGAGAGUCCUUACGGUAUCUGAGACUAUGUAAAUGUUUAGGUUAUUUGUAUACUAUUAAGCAAACACACAUUCUAGGAAAUUAAAACCCAGAAACUCAGGUCAGUCUGCUGUAGAUGUGACAUGGUUCUUAAUUGAGAACCCUCAGAAAAUCCAAGAAUAAAUGUAAACAAAGUCUGUUUCGUCCUGUCAGAAUAUAAUUGUUGCCUUAGAUGGACUAAGGGUAAACUUAGAAAGUCUCUUUCCCGGGGUCUCUUUCGUCCUUACAGAAUAUAGUUACCGCUUUAAACGAACUGGGGGACAAUUUGGCAGUCGACUUAGUUCUCGGCGAUCAACCUAGGGAAGUAUCUGAUGAGCGGGUUGGAGUGGUCAGUGUACAGGUCACUAGUCUACAAGCUGAGCUUCCAAUAAGCAGCAAACCCGGGGCUCCUACACUUGAUCCAGGAGAAUCGUUGAAGGAGUUUAGUGCCCCAAGGAGGUGUGGGGAUGGCAAAACCUGUAGCGGAGUCCUUGUAAAACUGGUACAUUACAAGUAUAAUUUGAUUACUCCAGACGCAAGCAAACAGGAUAGCCAAGUGGAGAUUAUUUCAUCCUUGGUAUGACCACCUGCACAUUUUAACAUGUAUUUACUUUUAUCUAGGAAAUCGUGCAGAAAGCCCAUUGCUCUCGGGACAUCGAAUACUAUGUUCGGGUCCCAAAAACUAUUCGCCAUUUACAGAUUGCUGUACCAUCGGAUAUUUUUUUUCACAAAGGGCAACACCGGGUGAAUGAGCAAAGGAUCAACUUCCCGUUGGCCGUCUUUGAUGCUUAAGCUCCCCUCAUGAGCUAAUUAUUGCCAAAUUGCUUCCAAAUCUGCUGAUUCGCAGAUUAAGAAUAAUUAGUUAUGUCUCUGCAUUCUGUGCGAUGAAGAAAAGUCAAAAUUAAUUUCUAAUAACUACGCCAAUCAAAAGCUAACUUUGGAGAACUACUUUAAUAGAUGCAAGGUCUUGAAUUUUUCUGAUCUCCUCCCGAAGAUUAUUUCACGGUUUGGGAGCAUCCGACUGAAAGGCUCGGUCACCAAGCGUAGGCAGGUAUAAUCUUGUACCCAGACCUCACUUUGUCUUACGGUGAGACUUGGGCAAGAGAUUAGGACAGGCAUCUUUUGUUGGGCUCUUAUGACAGAUUAGAAGCUGAUGGUUGUUCAGGAAUCACUCAACUGAUGCAUACGACCUUUUCUCUUGAUACACUUUUUUUUUCAUGGAAUCUUAAUAUGAAUCGAAGUUGUUGUUGUUGUUGUUUUAUUUUCACGCACUGUAAUAAUCAAUCAUGUUAAAUGUUUCUUUGCAGGUUAUUAAUUUUGUAUUAAGUGACCCAAAUACCAAAGUAAAGCUCACAAUCAGCGGUCUGGCCAACCCACUCCAACUGAAAUUCUCUGUUGGCGAUCCUCCUGCUGGUAAACAGGCUGCAUGCAAAUACUUUAAUGAAACACUCAGGAUCUGGAAGUCAGACGGUUUGGAGGCAGUAGGACCUGUCAAUGGCACUUUAACUUGUAAAUCAACCCACGCAACUGUCUUUGCUCCGUCCAACGAUAUAAAGAACGCUAGUAAUGCCACGACUACGUUGCCACCUCCUACUACUGUUGAAGGUGAGACAUAAACACGUUACAUCUUACGUUGGGAACUAUAUACGUACGUGUACAAAGGCUUUUGAGGCUGCUACUAAGCGAACAUCCUUGUAGGAGUGAUAAGACCACAACUAUAUGUUUAAUAUAGUCGCAUUUCUAAUAUUCAGUGUCCUGCUUAACUGCAAUGUGGUGGAAAUGGAUAUCACUGAAAUACGGAGUAAAUCACUAGGUCGUUCUUUCCCACAGCGAACCGUGAGGCCCGUACCAAAAUUAUGACUUCAAAAUUGGCAUCACAAAAUCACAACCAAGGAUUAUAUCCUUAACUGUGAAUUGCACUUCACUCAGUCCUAUUACUAUUACAAACUAAAAAAUAUUUUUCUUUGGAUUUGCUCUAAAGUACAUGAUGUUAAGAUUAUGAUGUUGAUGAUGAUGAUGACGAUUUCUGUUUAUUAUUAUUAUAAUGGCUGUACAAACGUCUGGAUGCCCAGAGUAAAAAAUAAAAGCUUUGGCUGGGCGCCAAACCGUAACCAGCCGCAGCAUCGACUAAAAUUUAUAGUAACAAUUACACACUAAUUAUAAUUUCCGCAAAGAAAAUAAUAAAUAAAAACCUGGGUAAAAAUGAUUUGAUAAGAGUGUCAUAAAAACUGAAUAAAUAAAUAAAUAAAAACCUAAAAGCUUUAUGGACGUCUUAAUUACAAAAUGAAAAUGUUCGUAAGUUUAAACCUAUCGUUCAUAUAGCUGUCCAUUUAAUUAUGGGAACGUCUAAGGUAUGUAAAUAAAAUUUCGAUAAUGAACAAGACUAAGUAUCUGUUAAAAUAGGUGUCUAAAAAUCCUGUAGAUAUCUAAGCGCUCAGCUUGAACAUUCUAGCAAUGUGCAAUGAACUAGACAGAAUUGCCUUUUGCAUUUGGCGCAUAAUUGAUUCACACUUGUCUCCUACAAGCUCUUUAAUAUUUUUCUCAACCUCUUUCGAACAGCCCCCAAGGACAUCUAUGAUGAUGUUAUACUGAUUGACCUUGUACUCUAAAUCAAGCUUAUUAUUAUUAUUAUUAUUAUUAUUAUUAUUAUUAUUAUUAUUAUUAUUAUUAACUUUAUUGUUCGUUUGCUAUUUUUUUCUUUGUUACAGCACCAGAAACGAAAGCAGAGAAGGAUCACACAGGCGCCAUAGUGGGUGGUGUCCUUGGAGGCUUAGCGUUCAUUGUCCUUGUUGUUCUUGGUAUUUGGUGGUGCUCUAAGAAAAAGGCCAAAAAUACCGGGAGGAUAUCUCCAGAA